AUGUGUGUUGAAAUGCUUCGAUCAUCUCAAUCAAAGAGGAAGAAAAAAAAUACUGCAUCAUUAGCAUUAGUUCCAGUAGUAAAUCGAAAAAAUCAACGGCCACAAAAGUUAAAAACAUUAAAUUUGCUUCAUCAAGAUCAUUCACUAUUAACUACUGAUCAAUGGAAUCUUCUAUCUAAUUUAAUUCAUUCAUAUGAUGAACAUAAUGCUCUAACAGUUGCAACAAAUUUUGCGAAAGAUUUUAAUAGUUUACAUCCAAAAUUACGUUACAAAAUUGAUUCAAACAAAAUAAUUGAAAUUGCUACAAUUUUUCUUCAAGCAACAGAACCAUUUAUUCAAUCAAAUCAUCAUUUUGCUUCAUUAUCUUAUCAUGAUCGUUCGAUUGUCUUAUGUGGUGCUGUCGAUAAUGUCAGUUGUCUUGGUGGAGCUUUUCUACUACGUCAAUCUGAACUUAUUACAAAUUCAGCUUUUUGUCAUGGUAUAGAAAUUACUUAUGGUACUAUUCCAUAUAAUCUAAGUUUAAAUUUAAUUUCAUCAUUGGAUCAAGAUGUUGAUCUUGUUAAAUUAUCAUUAUCAAUAUUUGCAUUUUGCACGAAUAGUUGUACUUUAUUUAAUGAAAAAAAUAGUUCACUUAUGUAUCUAACAGAUAUAAAAUCAUUCUUAAGUAUACAAAAUAUGUAUGCUGAAGUUGUAUGGAAGUAUUUACUUUACAAAUAUUCAUUUGAGCAAUCUGUCAUACGUUUUAGUCAACUUGUCAAAAAUAUGAUUACUGCUGUUACGCUUAGAACUCAUCUACAAACUGUUAGAAAUCAUACUGAUAUCGUUGAAAGAAUUAUUCAACGUAUUGAACAUGACCAACUAGUACAUUGA